GUCUGAGCAAUAGAUUUGAUUCUGUUUUGACUGUUGAAAGAUGCAGCUGCACAGCCACUAUGGAGUUUCUAAAUAUGUCCUCUAUGCUUGUCUUUCACUUCCACACUCCAACUGUGCUCACUAUGACUACAACUGAACAACCUAAAUAAAAAAAACUGGAACUCUCUGCACAACUGUCAUUCUGAACUCUAAUGCACUCUACUUGAUGAAGAAGAACCUUUAACCUGAAGAACUAGUCUUCAGUUGACUGAAUCUGUUUAAUUUAAGCAGACGUUACCUAUUGUACAACAUUGUUAAAAAAAGCUUCACACUUUGUGAUUCUGUCCAGGUUUCAGAGCUCACAGCUCAUUAUCAUACGUAACCAAGCCAUAAGCCUUUGUGUGGUCGAGCACCAAAAGCAGGGUUUGCCUCCUCAGUUUCUGCACGGUCAUGUGACUUCCUGCUUUGUGCGCUUCAUUCGGUUGCAGCAGUCUGCAUCUUAGCCCUUCUGUGAUCUGACUGUGGCUGUGACAGCACAGCGACAACGAUACUCGCUCACAAAAAAAAAAAAAAAGAGGGCCGCUUUCUCAGCAUUUUGUCCGGAGAGAUCUGAGGAUCACUGAGGAAGAGGAUGCUGAGGCGAAAGCCUUCAAAUGCCUCAGAGAAGGAGCAGGUGCAGAAGAAGAAGCUCACCUUGCAGAGGUCCAGCAGCUUCAAGGACUUCAUAAAAAACAAACCCACGUCUCCUGUUUCAGCAGACAAGGAGUUCGCCUUAGAAGAGAGUGUGGCAGAAAAUGGGACGGCAGAGGAAUCAGCGAAAAGCGGCAGCAAACUGGGGAAGAAAUGGCGCAACGUGAUCUCACGUACAAUGACUCGCAAAACAUCCAAGAUGGUUCAGAAGGCUCUGGCUGAGGAGGGGGGGGAGAGCGGUGAGGAAUUGUCCCCCGUCUCCACCGACUGGGUCCCAGAUCUGUGUGCAGGACAGAGGACCUCUGUGUGCUCGACGGGCUCAGAGGACACCACGCCCAGCCCCAUCAGCCGCCAGCUGUCUGCCAGCAGUGACAGGCAGAGUCUGGACAGCGGCUACAGCCAGAGGGACAGCAUGAGACUGGAGGAGAGCGGCGUCUCCUACAACGGCCCGUUCUGCGGCCGUGCUGUGGUCCACACUGACUUCACGCCGAGUCCCUACGAUGUGGAGUCUCUGAAGCUCCAAAAAGGAGACAUCAUCCACAUCAUAGACAAACCUCCCGUGGGCACCUGGACCGGGAAGCUCAACAACAAAGUGGGCUCCUUUAAGUUCAUCUACGUCACACUCCUCUCAGAUGAAAGCCCUCAGGCCAGGAAGAGACACAGCAAAAGCCAGAAAUUCAAAACCACGCCCAAAACCCUGGAGGAGGUCCUGGUCACCAUCGGCCUGACGGAACUGAGUUCGGUCCUGUCCAUGCACGGUUUCCAGAGUUUGGAAGACUUUGCCGGACUGAGGGAGUCCCACCUGAAUGAACUGAACAUCACAGACCCAGACAAGUGCUCCAAGAUCCUAAACGCCAUCGAGAUGCUGAGAGACUCUGACGAGGAGUCAGAACCAGAAAAAGAGGAGGAGGAGCCAAGGGACAAAUCCAGGGAGGAACCAAGGGAUUCGGGCUGCUUCGAGAGCUCAGAGAACCUGGAGGGUGGGCGAGAGGAUCCAAAAUCAGAAGAAAAAGUGGACCAGGAAACCGGAAAACAUGAGGCGGAAUCAGAGGAAAAGGAGAAUCAAACUCAGGAGGUAGACGCUGUGCAGGAGCAGCUCCAAGAGCUCACAGUGGAUGAAGGACCAUGAAAUGCAACGGAAGAAGGCUCCUCCAUCACUGCGUUCAAAGACUGGGGAUUUCUUUUCAUGAGGUUGACUGUUUGAGGCUGACAGACUGAACAAACACGAUGGUUUCCAAUAAACAGCCAAACAUGCAACUGUCACAUUUACUAGCUCUGUUUUUUUUAAACAAACUUAUUCUAAAAAACAAUGCUUUUCUUUUGAAAGGCACAAUUUCAACAUUUGAGGAUUUGUCUCAUGUAUGUAGCUUGGUCCUGUAUUUCAAUGCUUAUCAAAAGAAUGUAAAAUAUUUUUAUGUUUCUCAUGCAACUUGAGUAAGUCGUGUUAAACCGAUGUCUAUUUGUUAUUACCAGGAAGUGUUGUAAAUACAUGUUAAAAUAAAAAUAAUUGAGUAAAAU